AGCGUCUCGUAUUUGAAUAUGAAGAAAGCAUUUGGUCAAACUGUCAGAGACCUCAAGAGAGGGGUCAACAAGAAAGUGCUUAAAGUACCUGGAAUAGAACAGAAGGUUCUAGAUGCUACCAGCAAUGAGUCCUGGGGUCCGCAUGGAUCACUUCUUGCGGACAUUGCUCAUGCUUCGAGAAACUACCAUGAAUACCAGCUGACCAUGGGAGUAUUAUGGAAACGUCUUAGUGACUCUGGAAAAAAUUGGCGGCAUGUCUAUAAGGCAUUGACAGUCUUGGAGUACAUGGUAGGCCAUGGAUCAGAACGUGUCAUAGAAGAGAUUAGAGAACAUGCAUAUCAAAUUACGACAUUAUCUGGCUUUCAGUAUAUUGAUUCCAGCGGUAAAGAUCAAGGUAGCAAUGUCAGGAAGAAGGCGCAGAGCCUUGUGGCUUUGGUUAAUGACAAAGAAAGAAUAGCGGAGGUCAGAGAGAAGGCUGCUGCUAACAGAGACAAAUAUCAUAACUCAAUGCAUAGGCCGUCAGGAGGAUAUGGGGACAAAUAUGAUUACGAAGGCCGCUAUGGAGACAGAGAUGAAGGGCGAAGUAGUUAUGGGAGAGAGAGAGAAUAUGGUUACAGGGAUGAUGAUAGAAAUAGUCGUGACGGCGAUCGUUAUUCUAGAGACUCUGAAGACCGAUAUGGAAGAGAUGGUAACAGGGAUGAUGAAUACCGUGGAAGGAGCAGAAGUGUUGAUAAUUACAAUGGAUCAAGAGGUAGGAGCUCGGAAAGGGAACGGCCUAUUGAGGAUGAUGGCCAAUCCUCAUCGCGGGACAGUGGUGCGCGAGCUGAUGAUCAUUCUCAAGAUGGGAGAGGGGGGCUAGAGAGGAAGUUCUCUGAACAAAAUAUUGGUGCUGCUCCACCUAGUUAUGAAGAAGCUGUUAGUGAAUUGCGGAGCCCUGUAUACAGUGAAAGGGAUGGUGGAGAGACCCCACAAGUUGCUCCUCCAGGAGCUGCUGCUUCUCCUCUUGCUGAAAACAGCAGCGUGGACAACAAAGCUGCUGAUUUUGUUAAUGAAUCACCUCCUCAGCAAGUUGAGACUUUUGAUGAAUUUGAUCCACGAGGUUCAGUUUCAGCAGCAUGUGCACCUACAGCUGGUGCUUCGGCUCCUGCACCUAUCCCACCAACAGUGGUUUCUACGCCUGCCCCGCCUGUCCCAAUUAAUGCCGAAAUAGAUUUGCUUGGCUCUCUUUCAGAUGUAUUUUCACCAAAUCCCUUGGCUAUUGUAACAUCUGAUUCCACUUCUGUUGAAACCAAUGGACAAGCAAACACUGGUCCAGCUCCAUCGUUUUCUACUUCUCAGUCAUCUACUCAGCCUUUUGAUGAUCCAUUUGGUGACUCUCCUUUCAAAGCCAUCACUUCUGCUGACACUGACCCAAGCCAUCAUCAGAGUUUUGGAGUUCCUUUUCAGCCAACACCACCAACUUCAAAUCCUGACAAUGAACAUAAUUUUGGUUUUGGGGAAGCAUUUUCAGCUGUUCCCAGUUCUGAACCUGGCGCUCAAAAUAUGCAAGCUCCACCGAACUCAUCUGUCUUUCCUCAAGAGCAGUUCGAUACAUCGCAGAGCGAAAUCGAUAUUCUUGCCGGCAUUCUCCCACCAUCUGGACCGCCAGUUUCUCUGUCUCCACAACCAGAUUCCACUAUGCCAACAUCCCAAUUUCCUCCCAAUGGUAACUCCUAUGAAAGCUAUCAUCAUCAGGCGCCGCCUACAGAUCUAAGCAUGCCAGGACAAACACCGUUUGGUCAAGCUUCACAACAAUAUAACAUGGUUUCCCAUUCGCAAAAUCAUCAUGAAGGUAUGCAAUUCAACAAUGGGGGCUUCACGCAACAGCCAGGCUAUGCAGGUUCAGCAACUUCUCAACCUCCACAAUAUACUCCUGGUGUAUCUUCACACCCAACAAGUGAGAAUUUUCCUCACCAACCAGGUUCUGCCACCCCAGCAAGCUCGCAAAAUCCUUACGCUACUACACCCAAUGCAUCAGCUGGUCAGUUUGAUGGUGGAAAUUUUAUGACACAGCAACCUUAUGGUGUGACACAGCAAGUUCAUGCUGCCCCUUCCCAUAUACCACAGCGAACUCAAUCUGGACCUGUUGCAGCGUACGGGAAUAAUAACAAUAUCGUUGGAGAUAUGCACCAGCCUGGUUCUGCCCCGUCAUCAAGCUCGCAAACCCCUUACCCUACCACGCCCAAUGCACCAGCUGGUCAGUUUGACGGUGGAAAUUUUUUGACACAGCAACCUUAUGGUGUGACACAGCAAGUUCAUGGUGUCCCUUCCCAUAUACCACAGCGAACUCAAUCUGGACCUGUUGCGGCGCACGGGAAUAGUAACAAUGUUGUUGGAGAUAUGUUUUCACCAUCUGGACUAAGUUCCUUGGAGACAUCAGCAUCUCAACCAUCUCUCACACCUUUAACAGGAGCAAUUGAGAUUGUUCCUCAAAAUCAGAAGAAGUUUGAGCCAAAAUCAACAAUCUGGGCUGACACAUUAAGCAGAGGGCUGGUUAACUUCAACAUUUCUGGACCGAAAACAAAUCCAUUGGCGGAUAUAGGAGUUGACUUUGAGGCAAUCAACAGGAAAGAGAAACGGCUAGAAAAACCAACUACCGCACAGCAACAAGUAACAUCAACUAUCAACAUGGGUAAAGCCAUGGGAUCUGGUACUGGCUUAGGCCGCGCUGGUGCAGGUGCUAUGAGACCUCCAACAAAUUCAAUGGUAGGCUCAAGCAUGCCCACGGGCAUGAAUGUUGGUGGCUAUGGAGGCUAUCCGAUGCAACCACAACAAGGAAUGGGCAUGGCUCCUCCUGGUCCACCACAAGGCAUGACUGGUGCCUAUAAUCCGAUGAUGGGUCAAGGCGGUUACAACCCCCAGCAGCAGCAACCUUAUGGUGGAGGUUACCGGUAAGAUUCAAGCCAAUCACAGUUACCCAUUUUACUUAUCACACUAGUAAAAAAGAAUAUCAAAG